AAAAUGUACAAGAGGGAUUGACACAGUUAAAACGUACUUCUUCCUGGAAAGCUAUUCACUUGGUUUAUUUUCGUUGAGGAAAUUCGGUCAAAAUCUUGGUUGAACAUCGUAUUUGUGUUAAGGAACUUUGAAUAGUUUUCUGUCUUUCUGAUUCAAAUAGAUUGAAAGUACACAGUAUAAAAGAGGCUGGGAUCUUUGAGAAACAUGUGACCAGAGAAGAAAGUAUAACGAGAUAACCAAUAUGGCGUCCAAACAUUCAGAAUCCGCGCUAAACAAGGUCUACCUUGACCUGCUGUGUGAUUCUAUGAAGAGACUCUGGACAACGGGUGACCACUCUGACGUAACAAUCGAGGUCGGAGAGAAAACGUUUAAAUGUCACAAAAGCAUCCUGGCUUCGAUGUCACCAUAUUUUGACGCCAUGUUUAGUUCGGGUAUGCGCGAAAGCCUAAGUGGUCAGGUAACGUUUCCGGAGAUGGAUCCCGAUCUCUUUGAAAUCGUUUUAGGCUUUAUGUAUACAGGCAAAGCUGAGGAAGUAAUGACAACGGAAAACGCAGUGGAACUGUUACACAUUGCGGCUGUCUUACAAGUCAAAGCUCUUCAGGGAAUUAUCGAAGAGUUCCUACAUCCACACCUAACUAACGAAAAUUGUCUCAAGGUUUGGCGCCUCUCCGUUCUUCACGACUGUCAUACUCUGACGGAAAAGUCUGUCCAGCUAAUAGCUCGGAACUUCCAGGAAAUUAUAAAGACUGAAGAAUUUUGGGACUUGGACGGACGUGAAGUGGCGUCCAUCAUUAAAGAAGACACGUUGGACAUUGACCACGAGGACCAGCUAUGUGACCUCGUCAUCAAAUGGAUUGAAAGGGAUGUGGAAAAGCGGAAAGAAAGCUGUGGUAUUUUGUUUGAACAGAUUCGACUGGCUUUCCUCACGCCAGAGUAUUUAGUGAACUUAGAAGAAAAACACGAAUUUUUGAAAGAAAAUCUAGCAUGUAUGAAAUUUAUUAAUGAUGCAAAGUCGUUCAAACUCUUACCCGCCCGCCAACAGGAAGCCCAAGGAAAGCAGACGUGUCUGCGUCUGACUGCCAAUCAAGAAGAGGUUCUCGUGCUACUGGGUGGCUGUGAAUCGACCACGCCUCCAUAUGUGCGUUCCUUAACUGUGAUAUGCUACAGUUUCUACAGAAAAGAGUGGUUCAAUAUUGCGCCUCUUCCUUAUGAUCCAGGAAUCGAAUUCGCCUCGUGUACAUAUCAAAACGACAUAUACAUCAACGGGGGCGGAUCAAUGCAGAAGUGUUUAUUGUGGUACGACAGCAGCAAGAACAAGUGGCUCCAAAAUAAUUGUAUGGCGUAUGGACGACGUAGACAUGCGAUAGUCGCCGUCACGGGGGCGCUUUACGCUAUCGGUGGCUAUGACAACAAGCUUGACGACGGACACCGGAUGUUGUCAAGCAUUGAGCGCUACAUCAUUCAGGAGGACGAGUGGGAGCCGGCGGGAGACCUUCCCAUUGCCGUCAGCUCCUUCUCUGCAGCCGUAGUGGGCGAGUCCAUUUAUAUAUUCGGAGGGGAGAAAAACGACCGGAAGGACACAGCGUUCAUUCAGUGUUACGAAACUCGCACACGACAGGCAACGAAAGUAGACGCCAAAAUCCCGAUGGCGUGUAAACUGACGAAAUCUAUCACAUGUGACAAACGCAUUUUUCUAAUUUUCUUCGAUGGACGGGUUGUAGAAUUUGUUAAAGAUAGAAAAGACACGACCAAAAAGCCAUUCUGUCGGACGGUUGGUCGCCUCACGGCAUUUCAGCGCAUUCAUUUUGGUGUCAUACAACAUCGUGGUAAUGUCAUUGUACUAGGCGGCGAGAUCGACAACGCGACUCUCUGUAGUGACCUCAUUAUGUUUGACCCCUCAACUACCGGAUGUACGAAACUAAGGGAUACGCUACCCAAACCGAGGCUCAUUGACGGUUGCGUGAAGGUAGCCAUUCAGAAAAAAUACCUUCAAACGCUUAAAGAGGAUUCCCCAAAAUCAUCACGAAGAUGACGUCAGAGGAAUACUGUGAUGGAAGAAAACGUUGUAGUGUACAUAUUAACUUAGUGAUAUUUACCACAUUUGCUUUAAAUGACAUACAACAUAAAUACGUAUUCGUCUGUUCGGUGUGAGAAAAAAUUACACACAAACGUUCCUGUAUCAUCGUCUAGGACUGAAAGGUCAGAGAA